GCCAUUUAAUAUAUCUCCCAGCUAUAUCCACAUCUAUAUAUCUUGCAUACAUAAACCUUGGUUUGUAUCCAGACACAUAAAAGAACUUUCUACUUUUUUCCUAAGAAAACCCCAUUUACGAUAUUCUUCACAAAAAUGGGUACUAGGAAGAAUAAUAGGAUAAGUGCGUUUUUGGCUUCAGCAUUGUUACUAUGUUUGGUUGUAGUAACAAGUAUAGGAGGAGGGGAAGCUGCUUCCCAAGUUCCAGGUUUAUUCAUAUUUGGGGAUUCAUUGCUUGAUAAUGGGAAUAACAAUAACAUCAAUUCCCUGGCUAAGGCUAACUACCUUCCCUACGGCAUUGACUUUCCCGGCGGCCCUACCGGACGGUUCUCCAAUGGCAAAACCGCCGUUGACGCUAUUGCUCAACUUUUGGGUUUCGACAACUUCAUCCCGUCUUAUGCAACGGCGUCGGGUCAACAAAUUCUCAAAGGAGUCAACUAUGCUUCUGCCGCUGCCGGAAUCAGAGAAGAGACCGGCAGACAAUUGGUACGAAACAAUAGCAUUUGGAACUUCCAAUCAUAUAUAAUGCAAGUCUAUUAUGUUUAGUUAAUUACUCCCUCAGUCUCAAAUAAAAAAUCUCUUUGAUGCCUAUAUAAAAGUUUCACAUCUUAAUAUUAGCACACCUAUAACCCACGCUUAUCAUUAACUAUCUUAUUACUCCUACUCAAACUACGUUAGAUUAGGAGUAUAUAUUACAUACCUACUCAAACUAUGUUAGAUUUUCAGUUUCAUCCAAAAAAACUUAACUUGAUACAGAGGAGUACAUAGUUCAUAUUCUUAUACUAUCUCCGUUCCUAAAAAUCCUUUCCGGUUUGACUUGGCACACUUAUUAAAAAGUGGAAUAAAGUGGAAACGUGUGGUUAUGGUUGUGUAAGAAAAAGGUAAGAUGAAUGUGAGCUACACAAAUUGUCCAAAAAGAGAAAGUGGGAAGUAUUUUUGGGAACGGCCCAAAAAGGAAAGUGAGAAGUAUUUUUGGGAACGGAGGGAGUACUUCAUAUAUAGUGUUUUAUUAUUUCAUUUACUUUAACACGCCCCUCAGUCUAAAUCGGGUUGGACAAUUAAUUUGAAAUGUUUUAAAAAGUGUCAAUUACUUUAAUGUGAAAUGUUUUAAAAAGUGUCAAUUAAUUUGCAUUAAAUAAUCCAACCAAAUAGUGUAAACAUUUUACGUCCUUACAUUUCACAUGCACAUACAAAGUAAUUAUUUUACAUCCUAUCGAACGCCCUAUAAGUAUAAUCCGUAGAGCAUCUCCAAUGCUAAAACGUUAACGGUGCAAUCGUGGCACGAGAGAUAGCCAAUCCAAAAACAAUAAAUAAAAUGUCUCUCUCCUUAUUUGAAGGAUCUUAUAUCAUUUUGAUAAGUUUUUCUUCACAAUGUCAAGCACAAUACCCCACUUCUUCCUCCCCACAAUUUACGGACACAAAUGUUUCAGUCACUUCUACAUACUUCCCGAGUAAUGAGCCUCAUAAUCAACAAGAGGAUCUGGAGGAGGCAGAUUUAAAGAGACUUUCUAGCUUGGAAGAAGUACUCAACAAAUUAGCACAAAAUCAGCUGAGAGCAGACUCAAGGAUGCAAAUGAUUGAGACAAGGAUGCAGAACAUGGAGAAUCAAUUGGGGCAGAUUGCAAAGGCUUUAUCUGAGGAGUCCGAGAGAUCCCAUCCUAGUGACACAAAAGCCCAACCUGAGGAGACCAAUAGGGAUGAUCAUGUGAGUGAGUCGGACUGUGAAGGUGGAAAUAUGAUGGAUGAUACCUUCCUAGAUGCUUUUGAAGACCCUGAUGAGAACAGUGUUAACGAGAGUUGGGAUGCCUUCAUGGGGAGCGAUACAGAGUCUGGAGGAGAGGUUGUGAAUUUUCAUGAUAUUUGUGAGGAAGAAGAAGACUUUUCUAUGGUGCAGUUUGAUUACGAGGAUGAGAGUUUCAUACUUCACUUCUGUGCUGAUGAGGGUUAUGAAGACCAUGUGCUGCCUUCGUGUGCUGAUGAGGGUUAUGAAGACCAUGUGCUGACGAAUUUAAAGAUCUGCGCCACCUAAUGACAUUUGUUGAGAGGAAGCUGGAGACGUUGACUAUAAGUGCACCACUACAGUCUUUGUUAUUGGAGAGCCUAUGGGGUAGUUGUGUCGGGCAAACGACGUUAAAAAUAGCGCUUCUUGGGAGGCAACCCAAGCUUAUUUCUGCAUUUUUUUUGUUUGUUUGUUUGCUUUCAGAAAACCCCCGGAAAAAAAAACCAAAAAAAAACAAAAAAAAAAAAAACAAAAACCGGGGUGUUUUUUUUUGGGUUUGUUUUGUGUUUUGUUUUUGCAGCUCAGGGUCUUGCUUUGGGGAUGAUGUGUCGAGGAUCAUUUGACUCAGUUUAGUUCUACACCGACCAGCGCCUUAGGGAAGUUUUUAUGACUCUUAUAAUCGCCUGUUUGUAAUAAUUGACUUGAGUUAAGUUGAGCACGCGUGACCCUAUCCUGUUUACCCCCUUGUGCAUAGUGCAUUUUUGGUCAUCGAGGACGAUGUCAAAGUUUAAGUGUGGGGGAGUGAAUUGGGCAUUCGGGCAGUAGUUGUUACAUGUGAUUAUUAGAGUUAGCAUGCACAGGGUGUUAGUUGUAUAUUCUUAGAAAAUUCAUGUCAAAAUUUUUGAAAUUUUUUCUUUAAACUGUGUCUUUGUGAGCUGGCUAGCGUUUUGACUAUGCUUUUAGAAUGUCCUUGAAGUGUUUAGGCUUAAAUUGCUUGCAUGAUAACUUGGUUUUUGAAAGGAUGAAGGCAUUAGUCACCCAUUGUAUGAACUGACAAAGUUCCCAUUUACCUGAAUAAGUUCCUGUAGGAGAAGCCAUUUUGAGCCUGACCGUUCUUUGUUACCCAAUUAAUUGAGCUACAUAGCCAAAUGGCCUGUGUUCCUUACCCGUGAAUAUUUCUGACUUAGUCUUGAUGUUUAGGGAACUAAGGGAUUAAUUUGCUAAGUUUAGAGAAUUUUGUGUAGGAGCCAUUUUGGCACUGUUCCUAUGCCCCCAAAUGGGGUAAGAGCAGUCACUUUUUAGGAAUUUGAUACUUUCGAGGAUUGCAUUGUAGGCAUGGAUUCACUUUUAAAUAAAUGAACCUUAAUUGCUAUUUUUCCUUGGUGAAGCCGAGAUUAGAAUGGGGUAAUGUCUAGUGAGAAUCCGAAAGGUGAAAAAUUAAUAUAACUAGACCUCUUGCCUUACGAAAAAGAGAAUGGGAGCCCCGGUCAAAAAGCGUAAGAUGAGACUUGGGUAUCUUUCGAAAGAAAUGGCGUUCUCGUGCCAACAUGACAAGGAAAACUAAACAUAAUUAAUGAACAUGGAGGCUAUUGAAAUUUAGCUUUAGUCCUCCGUGUACUUCAAGUAUACGUCAAAGCACAAAUGUGCCGCGGCGGUUUAGCUUAGUUGUACACCAUGUCUACUCUUAGCAUAGGUUUAAAUGUUUGUUCCUAAAUUGUGGCCUACUGAGUUCUUUAUUCCUAAGAAUAGCUCUGAAGUUCCUGAAUACAUUGAGUCUUUGUUAGAAUAUUCCAAUCUCUCAAAAGAAAGGGACUAUUUUUGUUAUCCAUGGACCAUUCACCACCACCUUCACAAGUCCUUCUGAUCGAUAGCUAGUUUAUUUGUGUGUGCUGUCACUACUUUGAGGAUGUUGUGAAUAAUUUUGUCAAAUAUGUUAGCUAGAGUACAAAGAUGUAGUUUAGGGAAGAAUUUUCUUGGUUUAGACUCUCUGUUCUGUGAAUAUCCCUUUAACUACGUGUGCAUGCUAAUUGUUUUGACUCCGUGUGGUGAUUAUCGUAAGUCCCGUUGUUCAGUUUGCUUGAGGACAAGCAAAGGCUUAAGUGUGGGGGAAUUUGAUAAGUCCGUGUUUUGACACGUAUUUGAUGCGUGUUGAGAUCGGCUUUUGAUCAUUUUCCUAGUUUUAAGGUGUUGCAAGUCUCAAUUUUAGCUCAGGUUAUGUUUACCAGGCGUUGGUUCGAGUUUUGUGUCAUUUGGAGUCAAAAUCAGGAAUUUAGAGUUCGGCACCGGCACUUGAGGAACAAUCGGGAUGAUUUGAGAAGCAUUUGAGAAUGAUUUGAUAGCUUUGGAGGUCACCGGAAGAUUCACGAUGAAGAUUUGAAGGAAAAAGAGCUCUAGGAUUGGCUAUGGGGUCAAAAGAAGAUGAAUGAAGCUUGAAAACGACGAUCAGGAUGACCUUCUGUCAAUCGUUCAAGCAUAUCUCUUUGUAGAAACAUCCAAUGUACACGAUUCAAGCUUCAUAUGAAAGCUACCUUCAAGGGAUACAAAUCAUAUGAAGACACCUUGGCGAGAAUCUGAGAGGAAGAAGGUGAAAACAGACGAUGAAGUCAGAUGAUCUCUGCUGCGAUUUCAGAAAGACACCUUCCACCGUUUUGAUCAUAUCUCUUGAUUGGAUGAUUCAAAUCACAUUCGGCAAAUUGGAGUGUAUAGAGGACUUCAUUAUCUACAACUUUCAUGAAGGAAGUUUUGUCAAAUUCAGAAGUUAAGUAGGCACGAUCGUUCCCUCAAAGUCAGACACGAUCGUGCCCGAAGAGAAAAACACGGUCGUGCACGAUCGUGCCCAAAACGCGCAUUUUGGGCAGGCACGAUCGUGCCUGCCCAAAAUGCGCGUUUUUGCUCCGGAGGCACGAUCGAAGGCGCGAUCGUGCCUGGCAUCGUGUCUGGCUCCGAAAAUCCUAAUUCAGCUCAAAUUUCACCCGAUUUUUCUAUUUAAACAGCCUGUAAACCCCCGUUUUCAGGGGGAGCUUAGAGAGAGUGCCUAGCACGAAUUUUAGAGGGAUUUUCAGCCUUGUUCAUCAAUCUUUUGGUAUUCUUUGUAAGUUCCACCUUUUUAAUUAAUGACAAUUAAUUCCUUUUAUUCCAAUUCUAUUGAUU